AUGGGUAAUGUAGCAUCAUGUGCCCCUUCCAUAAUCUCUUAUGGUGUAGUAAAGGUCUUGUCGUCUGAUGGAACACUGGAAAUCUACACAAGGCCAGUAAAAGCAGCUGAACUCAUGCUGGAAAACCCUGGAAGAUUUAUCUGUGACUCCGGCCACCUGAAAGUUGGUCACCGGAUUCCAGGACUCUCGGCCGACGACGACCUAGAGCGCCGGCAACUGUAUUUUCUUCUUCCAAUGGAAAUGCUUUAUUCAGUACUAACCAAUGAAGAGAAGAUCACUCUUACAGACAAGGCCUCCAAGGCACUGAAACAAGGAAGCUUGAACUUGGCUAGAAUUUUUCCAGUUCUUGGUGAUUUUUGCUUGUUCCCUCCUUCAGAAGACAAAACUGUCGACUCUCCGGCGAGAGUACCGGAGCUGGCUGAGAGGUAUUCAAGGCAAAGAUCAUGGAGGCCUGCGUUGGAGACCAUCAUCGAAACACCGCCGCCAGGUACAGAGGCCACUCCAAGCUCGUGUUAUUGUGUAGUUCUGAGAAGUUAUUUGGAGCAGAAUUGUAAGGUUGAUACUGUCCAGAAAACAAAUGUCUAUUAG